AUGCAGCUCCAGCAUCUUACGUACAUACUCUUCGCAGGGUCGCUGGCCCGCGCGGCUCCGUCUCCCGUCGCCGCGAGAGGGCCGCCCCUAAUCAGUUCCCUUGGAUCUUUACAGGUGCUGAAAUACAAUGAUCUAAGUGCAGAGAACAACGGAACCGCAGCUGUUCUGGUAUACGACAGGCUGGAUCAGUCGAAAGCCCAGGCGCGUUGCGCAGCCAUUGGAGAGAAGCUUUAUACCUUCCAGGCCGGCGACAGCGAUCUGCAGUAUCAGAUCGACUAUCUCGUCUUCUCCGGCAGCCUACAGCCUAAUGACCUUCUCUGGGCCUCAGAGGGCUCGUCGCAAGGUUGCUUUGCCUAUUCGCAUAGCCAGAAAGCAGUCGUCUCGGCGCCCUGUGACUCGCAACUUCCGGCCAUUUGCACGACCAGCGUUCCACCCACGACGGAAACAAACAGGGCCACAAUCGAAUCGUCAAAAGUCUCCAUUUACUAUGACGGGUACUCCGUGACGGGCUAUCGGGAUGCACGCUCAUUCCGGUUUCUGGGGCUUCCGUUUGCGAACCCCCCGGUGAAGAAACUACGUUUCGCACCGCCGCAACCCUACACCGGUCGCAGGAAUAUCGACGCUACGAAAAUGGCUCCCGCCUGUAUCCAGUCACCGUCAAGAUUUGGGGUCGUAGAUGGCAGUAUCUCUGAGGAUUGCCUGUAUCUCAACGUCUUCACCCCUGUCUUGUCGCCACCAGAGGGCAGCCGCAUACCUAGCAAGCCCGUGGCCGUAUAUUUCUACGGUGGCUCGUUCACAGAAGGAAGUGCGUCUCUAAUCGACUAUGAUGGGGGGAAUUUUGCCAGUCGUAAUGAUGUUGUGGUUGUGACAGUCAACUACAGGGUUGGUGCACUGGGCUUCCUAGCCAUCGGAAACCACACCACUGGAAACUAUGGCACAAGGGACCAGAUUAUGGCUUUGCAGUGGGUGAAAAAGAACAUCGCAGCCUUUGGCGGAGAUCCAUCCCGGGUCACGAUAUUCGGAGAGUCGGCUGGAGGUCAGAGUGUCGUAGCCCUGCUCUCCUCUUCUGCGGCCAAGGGGCUCUUUUCCGCUGCCAUCUCCCAGUCUGCCCCCAUCGACUUGCCAUGGUUCACACGGGAUGUGUACAACGAGAUAUAUGUUCCGGAAAUUGCCCCAGCAGUCGGUUGCAAUGGCACCUUGUCGGAGAAAGGCCUGCUGUCUUGUCUCAGAUCAGUGCCAGCGACCAACUACUUGGAUAACUCAACUGCGUUCGAAAACGCCAUGAAGUCUAUUACGAGCAAAGUUAGCUCUGGCUACUUGCAUGUAAGCUCCUUGAUUGCACAGGCCGAAAGGAUAGUGCCAAUGGUCGAUGACACCGGCAGCGGCGUGGUCGAUGACCAAUUCUACAAACUGCUCGCCCGCCAGACUGUCCCGAACCGCGUCCCUACGAUGUUCACAACCGUCACCAACGAAGCCUUCUUCUAUGGCAACUCCGUUCCGUCGCUGGGAUCGAAAGAAUCCAUUCUCGAUGCGAUACUUAAUUUCGCAUAUCCACCUGAGCUGGCAACGAACAUGAUCAACUCGGGCGCCUUCGAGGGCAAUCUCAGUGACCCGGAUAGGGUCCGUGAUGUCGUCCUGGACGCCAUGACCCUCAGCGAAUGGACCUGUCCCGAGGCAUAUUUACUUAGCCACGGCGGCCAGUACGCCUUUCCCAGCCUGUACGAAGUCGAGAUCUCCCAGGGUCACAGCCAGACAGAUGUCGAUGUCCCAUCCGCAUGUCUACCGAACAACAAGUUCAACGCCAGCUGCCACACGUCCGAUGUGUUGCUCGUCUGGGGAACGUUGAACUCGAAGACGAAGGAUGUGCAGCCGUACUUUGACCAGGUGGACCAUCUACACUCACAGCUUCUCAACGACGUCUUCGGCUCGUUCUUCCGCACGUACAGUCCCAACCCUGAUCCUUCCUACCUGCAGGUCCGCGGGCCUGCAUAUGCAGCGAGUUAUGACAUCUUCGUCCAAAACAAGUACCGCAUCCAGAACUACAACCCGCAGGCUAGCAACAUUAAUCUCCUGGGUAUGCCGCCUGGCUGGGUUGAGAAUCCGGGCUUGUCAAAGAAAUGCUCCAUCUUCAAUGAUUACGGGUAUACUUUCCAGCAUGCCAAUCUGACAAUAUCCUGA